AGAAGGCUCAUGCUGAAGCAAUGAGAGAGAGUGUCAGACAGCCUCCAACGAACCUAGGAAGUUUCCUUGAUACAGGCACAUCAGCCAGGGAAGGCAUAGCUAUUGGGAAUUAGAAAAAAACAAGCCACCAUCAAAUGAUUACCAUUCAAUGUUGACAAACAUCGGAAGGGCUACCAUUGAAUGCUAAAAACACUACCAUUGAAAUAGAAACAUCGAUGGUUCAGAAACAUCGGCCAUCGAUGUCCAUCCCUAGCACACAGGAGCUGCUGUCCCGCUCGGAGAGUCACCUGUGCCGGGAGUGCCAGCCCUGACCCAGCUCCCCUGAAUGACGGGCGGACGCUUUGACUUCGACGAUGGCGGCACCUACUGCGGCGGUUGGGAGGACGGCAAGGCUCACGGGCACGGCAUCUGCACGGGACCCAAGGGGCAGGGAGAGUACUCGGGAUCCUGGUCGCAUGGCUUCGAGGUAGUCGGGGUAUACACCUGGCCCAGCGGCAACACCUACCUGGGCUACUGGGCACAGGGCAAGAGGCAUGGGCUGGGCGUGGAGACUAAGGGCAGGUGGAUGUACCGGGGAGAGUGGUCCCAUGGCUUCAAGGGGCGAUAUGGGGUCCGCCAGAGUCUGUGUACCCCAGCCAGGUACGAGGGAACGUGGAGUAACGGGCUCCAGGACGGGUAUGGCAUCGAGACCUAUGGAGACGGAGGUACAUACCAAGGCCAGUGGAUGGGAGGAAUGAGACAUGGCUAUGGUGUGCGGCAGAGUGUUCCCUACGGCAUGGCUACAGUAAUCCGUUCUCCUCUUAGAACCUCUCUCUCUUCACUACGCAGUGAGCAAAGCAAUGGCACUGUACUGCAUGACCUAGGAGCAGACAGUCCUGCCGGGACACGAGGAGGCUUUGUGUUGAAUUUUCACAGUGACUCUGAGCUCAUGACUGGCAAGAAGAAAGGCUUGUUCAGGAGAGGCUCUCUUUUGGGUAGCAUUAAACUGCGGAAAUCUGAGUCCAAAAUCUCCAUAUCUAGCAAACGCAGCUCUGUCCGAAGCGAUGCGGCUAUGAGUAGAAUAAGCUCCAGCGAUGCCAACUCUACCAUUAGCUUUGGGGACGUAGACUCUGAUUAUUGUCCUGUAGAAGAUCACGUUGAUGCCACCACCACAGAAACCUACAUGGGGGAGUGGAAGAAUGAUAAGCGCACAGGGUUUGGGGUAAGCGAGCGGUCAAACGGAAUGAAAUAUGAGGGUGAAUGGCAGAACAACAGAAGACAUGGAUAUGGAUGUACCAUUUUUCCGGAAGGCACAAAAGAAGAAGGGAAGUAUAAAAACAACGUUUUAGUCCGUGGAAUAAGAAAGCAGCUUAUACCGAUAAAGAACACCAAAACGAAAGAGAAGGUAGACCGUGCCAUUGAGGGAGCCCAGAGAGCGGCAGCCGUGGCGAGGACUAAAGUUGAGAUAGCUGCUUCCAGAACAGCACACUCUCGUGCGAAAGGGGACGCGGCUGACCAGGCGAGCCAGGCUGCGCGCCAGGAGUCCGAUAUAGCGAGGGCUGUAGCGAGAGAACUCUCCCCAAGCUUCCAUCAGCCAGGGCCAGAUUACAUUAGGCAAAAGUUUCAAGAGGUUGUGGAGGUUAAAGAGAAUAUUGAGGAAAAGUUGCCCAACAAACCGCCUUCCCCGAAAGAGUCGCCACAUUUUUAUAGGAAAGGGACGACACCACCGAGAACUCCAGAGGAAAAGCGAAAGCAACUAAAAAAGACUCCUUCACAGGAUUCAAAGAGGCACAGUUCUAACGCGGUGCCCGUGUCUCCUCCCAGUCCCGACAAAAAAAGUCUAUCCAUUGAGAAUCUGCCUGCUUCUUCCAAUAAACCCACACCUCCUAAAGCUACUGUGAAAGAGGAGGCUAUUGCCAAACCAUCGCUAAAAGCAUCAUUAAGUCACAAUCCAAGCAGCACCGGGAAUGGUGAACUGCACUCAGACUUCCAUAGCUACUAUGGAAAAGUUAACCCAUUAUUGCCUUCAGGUGUAAAAGUUGACUCCAACCCAAAAAAGCAAAUAACAACAAUAGCAAAUGUACCACCGCCCCAGAAGCAGAGUCCCAAGAAGCCCCUAAUAAAUCCAGUAGCCAAAGAAAGUAAGCCUGAGGCAAACGCUAAGAAGCCCAAUCAUGUGACACCAAAGAAUCAAACCAAUAAUGAUUCACUUCCACCUGUUGUAACUGAAACUAACUCGAGACCCAAUUCAGUCAUGAUUGCCCUGGUCAUGCUUCUAAAUGUUGGGCUUGCCAUUCUAUUUGUCCAUUUCCUCACCUGAUUGGAAGGCUGCUAGUACAGUAUCGUCUGAACAACCAGAUAUGUCGGCACGCAAUUCCCGCCACUUGUGUCAUAAGCCGUUUUUAUGGCACCUACCAUAUAUGGAUGCGGGAAAAGAAGGCUUGGACUUAAGUUUGAGAAGCAAGAUCGUUGAAACUUCAAAAACAAACAAACAAAAAAUAAUAUUGUAUAUGUAUGUGAGCCUGUGGGCCUCAGGUCUUUUGGUAGUGAUUUACUGCUCUUGAGUUCCACAGAAAGGGGGAAGUCGUCGGCCAUGAUGGAGAAGGCAGAACAAAAUGUGCUGAAACCGCCUAGUCAGAGAAAGUGGCCGCUCUGUCUGUCCCAGCAGAGUGUGAUUGAACUGGAAAUGUACAGACCAGCACUUUCCGUUGACGGAAGCAAACAGCUGCCUUACUAUUUUGCCACCUGACGUUUAUAGAGUGGAGAUAGGGAUACGACUGCCAGAGGAAUGUGCUCAUAGGAUUUGCUGUGGAUGCGGUUCCAAAGCUUUGCUCCUAUCUCAGAAGAAAUAGUUAGCAGCAUCACUCACCAGUCUUAUUCCAUUACCUGAUGCUUUUAACAUCUCCUGCAGCAUUCUGGAAGAUAGUGUUUCGUGUGCUUGUGCAUGUAGGCUAGUUUCUCUCUACCUAUAAACCUUACGAAUAGCCAUAGUCGCUCACCCCAGUGACAGGGGAAACAGGGACAAAGUCUUCAGUUUGACGCACACAAUCUGCAAAUUACAAACUAUUUAGUAUUUCUUUUAUGCUCUAGUCAUACAGUUUGCACCCUUCCUCUACGCACAGUGUAGGUGUCCGUUUUGGGAGUGUGAAAAAGUAUGCAUUCGGACACUGCCAGGAGCUAGAGGCUUCAAUGUGACCUCAUGCCUAUGCGGUGUUGCUCAUCCCGAUAUAAUUCUAUUUAUCCUGAUGUCCAUAUUGGUUCAGCCCACAGACUGGCUGCCUCCACUGCAUAGAGGUAACAGGUGCAUGUGACUGUCUUUAAGCUUCAUUUUAGUUUCUUCUGUACUCCGUUGACGGCACUGAAGAAAUAAUCUAUUCACAAUGGUCUUUUUAGCUUGUCAGGUCCCCUGAGCUGUGUAGUAUUCCUGUACUUUCUCAGCAAACAGUAUGUACAAGUGUGUACAUAACAAGGACUUGACAAAUCCCAGGAGCCACAGCUAGCACCUAAAGUUACACUGCCAAUAUAUAUUUCACAAAGAUCUAUUAUAAAUAGGUGAAUUUGCAUCUAUACUGGGAAUUUAGAGAAACUAGGCUGGCUCCUAAAUCCUGUUCUUAUUUGUACGUCCCUGCAGUGUACAAAUAAAUAUAUAUCAUUUUAUAUGGAUUCAUAAUUAAACACACAAUAUUUGGAGAUUGAUAAUUUGAUAUACACACAUAUAUACGCAGGUGGUGCAUGUAUGUGCAAUAGUUUAGUGUAAUAAUGUAGUAGAGUUAAUUCAAUUGGACUAUGUCCCAUCAUAUUUUCAAGAUUUAUGUUAAGUUUAAUAGUUUGCUUAGAACUUUAUUUUUAUGUCUGGAAAGGCAGUUAAGGGAAAAAUGUGAUGAAAAGAAAAUAAUGUACAUUUAUAAAAGGUCUCAGGCCUGUUGAUUUUUUCUGUCAUCUUUGCUAUUGGAAGCCAAUUAGCACAAUAACUUACAUUUAUACAUUUAUUACACAUUUUAAUGGGACACGAAUCAUCUAUAUUGAUUAUUUUAAUUGUACAUUUAAAAUCUAAUAUAACCUGUAGAAGUGUAUAGUUGCUCGCCAAUUUUACUAAUUUAGUAUAACAAGACUGUCUGCAUGACUGAAUGGAGCAAGAGCUGAAAGCAUGAAAUAACCUGGUCAUUGGAAUUGCACACACAGGGCUUCCAAACCAGUACAUCAGGGAGAAAAUUUUAACACGUUCUUGUAACAUUGACAACAGACAGGGCCCUUUGUUUACAGGCAUAAUGGGAAACCCAUUUUAAUGACCGUUUAAAAACCAAUCAGUUUGUCACAAAAAAAUAUAACUAUCGACUCUUUAUUCAGUGAUUAGUAGCGUGCCAUAAACACCAUCAUCGCCCGAGCUGUAGGUGUGGUGUGCCCUCCUUAGUGUCUUAAAUGGAUCUUUAAACCCGAGCUUCAAUUGCUGGUUUAAUGUGCAAUUGGUUACACAGCACAUAUAAUAUUUUUAUAUUUCAGAGCUUGUUUGUUUACUAGCAUAAGUUUUAUUUAUUUAUUUAUUUUUGGGGUUUCUUUUACCUUUUGGGUUGUUUUUGUUUUUUAGUGUUUCUUUUUUGUUUAUGGGAAGAAGAAAAAACAUUUUAACUUGAACCACUGUUCAGAAAAGGGCUUGGAUAUAAAAUAUAUACAGUAGCUUCUCUAUAUAGAGAAGUUCUCCUGGUUUGAUCUUCGGUUGCUCUGUAACACUUGUAAGUAGUCUGCAUGGCUUAAUGCAAUGCUGAGUAUUACUGGUAUUAGCUAUCCUUUUGAAGUGUCAUAUUACGCAUGGUGUGAACCAAACCAUAAUACUGUAGCAUUGUCUCUUUUUUUUAUAUUCGUAUUUUGAGGGGAGGAAGUUUUUUGUUUGUUUUUUUAGUUUGUUUGGGGGGGGGGGGUUUCAACCCUUUGUGUGAACAGCCUGUAAUAAACACUGAUAGAAAAAUAAAAUGUAUAUUAAAAUAUUGUUCUAUAUAGUUUUAGUUAGAGUAAUACAAACACUGAAUUGUUGUUUAAACAUAUAUAUAUUUGCCUCCUGUAUAGCCCAGAUGCCUCUUAGAUGGGAAGUCUACAUUUCUUACGGAAAUAUUGUUUCUUAUAAAUGUUUCCCAUAUUUUUUUUCCUUAGAGAUAAUGGGUGAUAAACCACUUCUAACAAUGUUUAUAAAUGAAAUAAGCAUGUUGGUUAAAUUUAUAUGUAUGAUUUAUAGGCUUUUAUAAUAACAAAGCUGUAACAGAAAAUGUUGGUAUUUUUCUAAAGAUGUGCACAGCUGUAUUUUACAUAAAAAUGUUAUUUAUAAUUGGUUGUUAUACUGUACACUACAUUUUGGACAGCAAGCAGUCUGCCAAUGGUACUAUCAAUGGAAUGUUAUUUAAUUUCCUUGCUUGAUAAGUUUCCCUUAUUUAUAAACCUGAAACUAAAAUGUUUAACUUAUGAUUUUUAAAACUUCACUUGAUCCAAUAAAAAUGUUAUUAUCCCCCGAG